AGGUUGUCUGACGUCGACUGCUGUUAGUUAUUAGUUGAAGUAAAAGAUGUCAGUACUUCUCAGCUGUUUAUCUGUCUGCCUUUCCUCAACAGGAAGUCAUCAGAAAAGACUGGAUGUUCAAGCUGGUUGGAAAGGAAACAUUCACCGUGGGAAGCACAAACACCAAAGCCACCAUAGUCAUCGAGGCCAUCAGCGGGUUCGCCUACGAGUACACGCUGGAGAUGGACGGCAAGAGUCUGCAGAAGUUCAUCAACAACAAGAAUCAGACCACCAAAACCUGGCUGCUCAGAGUGGACGGCGCCGACUGCAGGGUGGUUCUGGAAAAGGACACAAUGGAUGUUUGGUGCAACGGGCAGAAAAUGGACACAACGGGAGAGUUUGUGGAUGACGGCACAGAGACACACUUCAUGGUGGGGGAGCACGGGUGCUGCAUCAAGGCUACGAGCAGUGGGAAGAAGAAGAGCGGCAUUGUGCACUAUUUACUGCUGGACGGGGAGAAAAUACCAGCUUCGACACAAUAGCUGAGAACUUUCAAAGAGACUGUGUGGAUGAGCACAUGUAGAAAUACCAGGCAGAUACAAACAACACUGGCUGCGCUUUAUUUUGAAGGAUCUGUUUUUCCAUUUGGUUUUGAUGACACAUUUUGAGAAUAUGUUCAUGUAAAUAAUGCAAAUAAACACUGAA